UCUCUCUCUCUCUCUCUCUCUUUCUCUCUCUCUCUCUCUCGGUAUCAAUAUUCUUGCGUUUAAGUACACUUGUCUGGUAAUGCUUGUAUUGUUCUUCUAAUUAUCUGUUUCCUGCUAAUUUUGCCAUGAUUUUCUCUUUCUUGGAAAUAGGAUUUAGUUUGCAAUCGGUUCUUUCUUGAUAGGACUCUUUACGUAAUUAGUAUCAAACUUCGGUGAACAGCAAAAGAUGUUAAUGAAAAGUUCUUUGCUUUAUUCAAGAAUGUUGACAUUUUCAAUUCAAGCACAAGCAAGACUGUCCAAUUUAGGUUAUGUUGGUACGGUGUUUACUAUUUGUGCAUGUACCUACUAAUAUAUUGGUGAAGUUCUAGUAGGAAUUUGCAUGAUUUGCAGAACAAUCAUGAAUUUUCUUGCGGGUCAUAAGUUAAUUUUAGAUUAGAGGAAAUUGGGAGAUGUUAUAUUGCUAGUUUUAAUUGGGGUUUUAGUUGGUUGGUUUAGAGGACUAGAAACAAGAUCGGAAACUGACUAAUGUGGUCAUUCUUAGAUUGCAAUUGGAAGUUUAAAGAGGAAGUAUGGCGCUGUCUGCAAACUCAUUCUUUUUAUCUCAUGAAGAAAGUAUUUGUAGUUCGUACAUCAGAUCAGGAAUUGCAAGUUAUGAAAAAUUUCAUGGGAGGAGGGGACUUCAUUUUCAAAGUAUAGUUGUGUUGAACUUUUGGCCCAAUAGCAGAAAGUCAAGACAUGUAAAAUUAGUUAGAAAUCAUAGGAAUUAUCAUGGGCUCAAGCUAAGAUGCUCACAUCGAUUCUCGGGCUGGACAAAGAAGUAUUCCUCAUUGUGUAGUACUGGUGCAACUGUAACUAAGGCAAAAGAAGUGCUUAAUUUUCUGAUGUUGAGUGUGUCAAAAAACCUAAAAGAAAAGAGUCACUUGCAGUUCUUGAAAGUUGCCAGCAUACUAGCAUGUGCAUUAUUGGUCAUUCCAUCAGCUGAUGCUGUUGAUGCUCUGAAAACUUGUACUUGCUUAUUGAAGGAGUGCAGGUUAGAAUUGGCUAAGUGCAUCGCAAACCCAGCAUGUGCUGCCAAUAUUGCUUGCCUUCAGACAUGCAAUAACCGGCCUGAUGAGACUGAAUGCCAGAUCAAAUGUGGGGACCUGUUUGAAAACAGUGUAGUUGAUGAAUUCAAUGGGUGUGCAGUCUCGAGAAAGAACUGUGUACCUCAGAAAUCUGAUGUUGGGCAAUUUCCUGUCCCUGAUCCAGCUGUUCUGGUCAAGAGCUUUAACAUGGCAGAUUUUAAUGGGAAGUGGUAUAUUACCAGUGGCUUAAAUCCUACCUUUGAUACUUUUGACUGCCAAUUGCAUGAAUUUCAUGUAGAAUCUAACAAACUUGUGGGAAAUUUAUCAUGGAGAAUACGGACUCCAGAUAGUGGCUUCUUCACUCGUUCAACUGUACAGAGAUUUGUUCAAGAUGCCAUGCAGCCUGGAAUACUCUACAAUCAUGACAAUGAGUAUCUUCACUAUCAAGAUGAUUGGUAUAUUCUAUCAUCCAAGGUGGAAAAUAACAGCGAUGAUUACAUCUUUGUGUACUACCGGGGCAGGAAUGAUGCGUGGGAGGGAUAUGGUGGUGCUGUUGUGUACACAAGAAGUGCGGUUUUGCCAGGAAGCAUUGUACCUGAACUGGAAAGAGCAGCUAAAAGCAUAGGACAAGAUUUCAACAAGUUCAUUAGAACAGAUAAUACUUGUGGGCCUGAACCUCCCCUUGUUGAGAGACUGGAGAAGACAGUAGAGGAAGGGGAGAAGACCAUUAUAAGAGAGGUGGAAGAAAUUGAAGGGGAGGUGGGGAAGACUGAAAUGACAUUGCUUCAGAGAUUAGCCGAAGGGUUUAAAGAGCUCCAGCAAGAUGAGGAAAUUAUCCUGAGAGAGCUAAGUAGGGAAGAGAUGGAAAUAUUGAAUGAUCUAAAAAUGGAAGCAAAUGAGGUGGAAAAACUCUUUGGACGAGCGCUGCCCAUAAGGAAAUUAAGAUAGAAUCUUUAGAAGAGACUGUUAUGCACUAUAUUUGCAACUUUUAUAGCUCUAUUCUUUGGGCAUAAGGAAAAAUCAUAUUUCAAUUUUUUUA